GUGGUUGCCGACGACGUCUUACUGCCGAGUGGUAUUUCUUACAACUGCACUGUCUACCGCGGUGUACCAGUGUACCACUACUUCUACUACCGUCGAUCGCCGCUGACCCUACAACUACUGUCUACUACCACUACUUCGGUGUAUUGCGUAAUCCUCGUGUGCGGCUGCUCGUGGGUCUGUGGAAGUGUUCGCGUGUGGUGCAAGGAAGAAAACGAUAAUAAUUAAAACAUAAUAUUAAAUUAAUUCGCACGGAAAACGCCGUGCGUUAAGGAUCCAGCUGCUGCCACCGAGGAGUGUUCUUUUGUCAGGCGAACUACGCGGAGGAGGACUACGAUUAGGACGAGGAGGAAGACGACAACGAAGUUCGAACGCCGCGGCAACUGCAGCUCUACCGGCGGAGCACCUCUACUCAACAAUUUACUGUACACACUUGCCAAGAUGGCUGACAAUUGCUGCGUUUCGCAGAAUGACAAUUUUAUUUGUGGUGUUGUUGAAGGAUUUUAUGGAAGACCAUGGACUACUGAACAACGUAAAGACUUGUUUCAAAAGUGAGUAGUUUUCCAAGCUGUUUUGUUAUAAUUCGCUUUGCAAGCUAAUUGUGUUUACCUUUAUCUUAUCUAGUAUAAGUAGGUCUACCAUAACUCCUUUUUUCAUUAGAAAUAUAUACAUUUAUAAAAUUAAGUGAUAAUUUAGAAUAACAUUUCUUCAAAACGCUUUUGAAAAACUAUAAAUUUUAAUUUAAAUCCUUAUGGACAAACAAAUCACUAAACUAGUGUCCUUUUAAAUUGUUCCUUGGAUUUAUUGUGAAUUUAUUAAAUUAGAUACCUAUAUAUUUAAGUUGCAGUAAUUUCUAUUUUUAAGAAGUAACAUUUGUAUAUCAUACAAUCAUUUAUUAGAGUUUGAUUUAUAAGACAAAAAAUGGCUGUUGUUAACAUGAAUAGUUUAAUGAAUGGGAAAGACUCACGGUGGCUGCAACUAGAAGUAUGUCGUGAAUUUCAACGUAAUAAAUGUUCGCGUAGUGAUACAGAAUGUAAAUUUGCUCAUCCAGCUGCUAAUGUGGAUGUUCAGAAUGGCAAAGUAACUGCUUGUUAUGAUAGCAUUAAAGGGCGGUGUAAUAGAACAAAACCACCUUGCAAAUAUUUUCAUCCUCCACAACAUUUAAAAGAUCAACUUUUAAUUAAUGGAAGAAAUCAUUUGGCUCUCAAAAAUGCCUUAGUACAGCAAAUGGGCUUAGUGGCUAAUCAACCAAUGGUUCCUGGACAAGUUUCUGCUCCCAUGCCAAACCCAGCUUACUUAGCUCAGUUACCCAGUACUCAGAUUGGAAAUGCAUUUAACCCCUAUUUCAGUCAUACUAAUCCACUCAUGAAUCCUUUGUCACAAUUUUUUGCUCCCAACCCUAACAACUUGACAAUGGCAAUGCAACAAACAGUCGUACAACAAAAUCUACAACCACCAGAACGUUUAGAUAUGGAUUUAAGUAAAAUUUCUCCUUUUUAUUACGAGAAUUUGUCAUUGCCUGGUUUAAUGCCUUUUAAAAGGCCUUCAGGCGAUAAAGCAGGUUUACCAAUGUUUCAACCAAGUGCAGCAGCAGCAGCGUACCAACAACUAUUUCAAUUUGUCCCACAACAAGCUGACUAUCCUCCUACAUCAUCUGCAGCAGCUUUAUCUGUUAUGCCAAAACCACAAUCUCAGGCAGUAGCGCAGCAACAACAACAACAACAACAACAACAAACUCAACAGUCUAUAGCCCCUCAAAAAUCUCAGACUCCUGAAUUACCUGCAACACAAACUCAAUUACAGUCACAGCAACUUGCUGCAUUUCAUCAAUUGCUUGCUAUGUCUCCUCAACAACAAUUACAACAACAGCAAAUACAACAACAACAUCUACAACAACAGCAAUCGUUACAACAGCAACACCAAUCUUUACAACAGCAACAUCAACAACAACAAGCUCAAUUAGCUCAAGCUCAAAACCAAGCUCAAGCUCAUUUAGUCCAAUCACAAGCCCAAGUACAGAAUCAAUUACAGGAUCCUAAUCAACAAGCUCAAUUGCAACAACAUCAAGCAUUUGCCGCAGUAUUCAACCAAUUGAUUGCUAUGCGACCGCCACCUCCACCAUUAGCGUUCCAAGCUCCGCAACUAGCGCCUAAUCCAAAUUUGAUGACAUCACCAUCUAUGAAACAAUUUAUUGCAGCACAAAUACAACAUCACAUACAUAAUACUAAUUUAAAUGGUAAUUUAAAUCCAGCUGCUAUUAAUGGUAAUAUUAAUACCAAGAGUGAUGAAGAGGUUCAACAACCAUUUAAGAAAAUGAAAACUGCUUGACAAUUUUGGACUUUUCAUUCUUAAUAAUUGAUUUUAUAGAAUCAUUGAAAUUUUCUUAUUAAGGUCAGAUUAUUGAACCCCAAGAUAAAUGUUCUUAAUUUUUUUGGAACUACAUUUUUUCUCCCAUUAAGCCUGUUAAUCAGGUAAAACAUUUUAUUUUAAGUAUAUUAAUCCUUAUUAUUUUGAGUUAUUUUAAUAUUAAGUUAUCUUACUUAUGCCAUCAUUAGACUAUUUGUGUUUUUAACAUUUAUUAUUAAAUUAUUAUACUUAUUUUAAUUCUAUUGCGCUUAAACUUUAAUCUACUCGCUUAUAACCAGUUAUUGCAAUAUUUAACCUACCUAUAUUAUUGUUUAAUCAUUACUAUAUUAUUGUAAUUCAUAAUUAUAUUUAAACUAUUGUAUCGUAUAGUUCCUUGUAUAAGUGCUUUCAAGCCACAUUAUUUUUUUAAAUUAAUAACUGCAUUUUAAUCCGUUAAUAAUUAGUUUAGUGAUUUGAGUCCAUUAUUGUUUUUACGUGCAUUUGCAUUUAGCAAAUUAAAUGUUUGUGUAAUUAAGUGAUUAUGUUAAAAUAAAUUUUGUAAACUGUAAAUCAAAUAUUAUUUUUGAAUAUGUAGAACAUAUAUGUUCUAAUUAAUUUUUUACAAAUGUUAUAAACAAUAGAUAUUAACAUUCUAUUUUUAAUUAAAAUUACUAAAAGUAUGUUUUUAUGUCUUUUAUAAUCUGUUAUAGAUUUUGAACUAUAAUACUGUGUAAUUUAAGAAUUUUUGAAUUGUGAUAAAAUAGGUAUUGCCUUAAUCAAUGUUAUACUUAGAUUUAAAUCAUCUACCUCUUUUUUUUUUUUUUUUUUUUUUUUCACUUAAAUAAUGUCAUUCCAAAUUCCAAUCCUAAUGUAAUCUAUAGCAACAAUAAUGUUUCUAAUAUAUUUUUCAUACUUAUUGUGCAUGUGCAAUAAAUAAAACACUGCUCUGCCAAUAUAAUGCCCACCAAGCUUCCUUUUUUAUGGAAACCUUGUGUUUUUUAUAUAUAUAUAAUUUACAUAUAUAUUUAUUAAAUACAUUUAUUUAUUUAAACAUACUAACUAAACUGUAUUAUGAACACUGAAAAUUUGGGAUUGGAGUUAAGCUUGUGUGGAAAUAUAUUAGUUUAAAUAGUAUUUACUGUUAAAAAAGGCUAUAAAGCUUUUACUAGCCAUUAUUUAUCUUGGUUAUUGGCUAUUUUCAAAUAAAUAAAACAUUUAUCUAGGCCUACAUGUAUGUUGCAAAUACUUAUGGUAGAAUUAAGGCUAUUUUUCUAUAGUAAAAUGCUUAAAAAAACAUUGUGAAUAAAGUAGCUUGUACUUAAUAAAGGUGGCAUACCUAA